AUGCAAAAGGAAAAGGAAGCCAUUAUCAAGGAGGGAAAGGAUACAGAAAUGGAAGGAACUCAUGCAAAAGAGGAAACCCUACCACCUGGAUUUCGGUUUCAUCCUACCGAUGAAGAACUUGUCACUUGCUAUCUCGUAAAUAAGAUAUCAGAUUCUAAUUUUACAGGCAGGGCAAUAACUGAUGUAGAUCUCAAUAAAUGUGAGCCAUGGGAGCUUCCAGGAAAAGCUAAGAUGGGAGAAAAAGAAUGGUACUUCUUCAGUCUGAGAGACCGUAAAUACCCAACUGGUGUGAGAACCAAUCGAGCAACGAACACGGGGUAUUGGAAGACCACAGGGAAAGACAAGGAGAUCGUCAACAGUGCAACAUCGGAAUUGAUUGGCAUGAAGAAGACUUUAGUUUUCUACAAAGGAAGAGCUCCUAGAGGAGAGAAAAGCAACUGGGUCAUGCAUGAAUACCGCAUUCACUCAAAAUCCACCUUUAGAACUACCAGGCAGGAUGAAUGGGUGGUUUGCAGGGUAUUCAAGAAGAGUGGUGGUGCAAAAAAGUUCCCUUCUUCCAACCAUGCAAGAGCAGUGAAUCCGUACAGCUUGGAAAUAGGACAAAAUAUUAUGCCACCACCAAUGAUGCAACUGGGAGAUCCUGCAGCUCAUUUCCUCUAUGGACGGAACUACAUGAGCAGUGUUGAGUUGGCUGAACUUGCUAGGGUUUUAAGAGGGGGUGGAUCAACAAGUAGUGUCAAUCAACCAAUCCAAUCCCAGAUGGGCUACCCUACAUCAGCAGCAGGAGGAGGAUUCACCAUUUCAGGACUCAACUUGAAUCUUGGAGGAGCAACAACCACAACACAACCCAUUUUGCGACCAAUGCAACAACCUUCUUCUGUUCCUGUUCAUACAAUGGCUCAAGUACUUGAUAUGAAUUCCAGCAUGAUGACAACCGGUUCUCUGGGUGCAGAGAACGUAGGUUAUGGAUCAGAAAUGAGUAACAUGAAUUCUCACGGGAAUAGGUUUAUGGGCAUGGAUCAUUGCAUGGAUCUAGACAACUAUUGGCCUUCCUACUAA